AUGUGGGAACCGAUCAGUUCCGAGUCGGAUUUUUCGACCUGGAGAGGGUUGACAUUACCAACACAAGAAGCAAAAACUUCUUCAUUAUCUUUAGCAGAACACAAAUCACAUGUUCUUCAAUUAAUAAAAAAAUGGUGUCACGAUAAUAAAGAAAAUUUAAAUUUAGAAAAUUUUCAAUUAGAAGAAGAUACUGAUUUUACACUAGAUAUUGAAUUUGAUCAAAAUUCUAAUGUACAAGCCAAUAUCGAGUGCAAAUGUGGUAGAAUGAUUUCAUUACCUAGAAAUGGUUCGAAAAUACAAAUGUCUAAUUAUUAUAAACACUUGUAUUCUCUUGGAUGUAGUCAUAUGAAAGGUAUUAAGAAAGAUGGCCAAAAACUACAAGUACAGCAGCAGCAACUGCAAUCAACAAUUUCUACAUCAUGUGCUCCAAUAUCUCAACCAUGUAUGUCACCUGCUGAAGCAUGUACCAACAAAACUACAGAUACACAACUAGCACCAAGUGAAAGUUCAACUUCAAGAUCCCAACCCAAUUAA